AUGAAAAUAUCUAGCACAUCUGCUGUUGCACUAUGCCUUGGGUUCAUCUUGAUGAGCUUCACAGGCCAUUGUUAUGGUCAACUUCAGGUAGGAUUUUACAGGGAAAAAUGUUUGGUAGAUGUUGAGGCAAUUGUAACCCAAGUUGUCGCGGCAAAAUUCAAUGAGGACCCGACUAUUGCGCCAGCUCUCAUUCGCAUGCAAUUCCACGAUUGCUUUGUUAAAGGAUGUGAUGCAUCGAUUCUACUGGAUGGGAAUAACACCGAGAAAACUGCACCUCCAAAUCUAAGUGUGAGGGGCUUUGAAGUUAUCGACGCAGCAAAGGAUGCCGUGGAGGCCGUCUGCCCAGGAGUUGUCUCUUGCGCUGAUAUUAUUUCUAUGGCUACCAGGGACGUUUUUGCUUUGAUUAACGAAGGAUGCCGAUACGAUGUACAAACGGGGAGAAGAGAUGGCUCGGUAUCCCUUGCCCAAAACGUUGAUCUUCCAAGUCCUAGGAUAUCAGUGAAUGACUCCAUUGCUGCAUUCGCUAGAAAAGGACUUAGUGCUACAGACAUGGUUUAUCUUCUUGGUGGUCACACCGUUGGAGUUGCACAUUGUUCCCUCUUCCAAGAUCGCCUUUACAAUUUCCAAAACACUGGGAAACCUGACCCUACCAUGAAUCCAUGGUUAGCCAGUCAGCUAAGACCUAUCUGUCCCCAAAACUCAACAGGCAGCAACACCGUUAAUCUUGACCAGAGUUCUCAAAGUUCGUUCAUCUCCAAGUCAUACUACUGGCAAAUCUUAAUGCGUAAUGGGAUUCUCCAAAUUGAUCAAGAGCUAGCUUUGGACCCACUAACUAGGAGCACGGUUCAAGGGAUAGCUUUAUUUUCCGAUUUUCGAUCUAAAUUUGGUCAGGCCAUGGUUAAGUUGGGAGCAGUUGAAGUCCUUACUGGCACACAAGGGGAAAUAAGGAAAUCAUGCCGAGCCAUUAACACAAAUUAGUCGUAAUGCAAAGUCUAUAUAAGUUCUAAUAUUGAUUUUAUGCCUUGGUUUGUUUUGUCUUAAAUUGUGUUAAGUAACUGUCUCUGUUUUAUUUCAUUUCAUUUGUUUUUUCUUUUCUCUUUGUUUCCCUGUAAUUUUUUGUAUGACGAGGAUAUUCACAUGAUUCU